AUGAAGCUCUGCAUGACUGUCCUCUCCUUCCUCGUGCUCGCAGCUGCUUUCUGCUCUCUGGCACUCUCAGCACCAAUGGGCUCGGACCCUCCCACUGCCUGCUGCUUCUCUUACACCCUGCGGAAGCUUCCUCGCAACUUUGUGAUCGAUUACUACGAGACCAGCAGUCUCUGCUCCCAGCCAGCUGUGGUAUUCCAAACCAAAAGGGGCAGGCAGGUGUGUGCCAACCCCAGCGAUCCCUGGGUCCAGGAGUACAUGGAUGACCUUGAACUGAACUGA